AUGACCCCGGUAAAUCUGGACGAACCGCCAUGCGUUCCCUGCUUCGAGGAUGUGGACUGGAAGCCCGGCAAUCCCAGCAGCUUCGAGGACCUUCACGCGAAAACCAAGGACCUCUAUCCGCAGAACUUCGAGGGCGCGUACCUGCUGCUGAGGAAAGUCCUGAGCAGGCACUUCAACGUGACUUACAAGCUGACCCUGAGCUCCGUGACGCCGUACGGCCUCAAAUUCGGCGUGAAUUACGUCGGCUCCAAGCGGGUGGGGCUCGUGGAGCGGUACCCGGUGAUCUCGGGCGAGAUCACGCCCGCCGGCAACAUGAGCGCUGGCUUCAUGCACACGUUCGGCUGCAGAUACCGAUUCAAGUUCGCCACGCAGAUCGUCGGCAAGCGGUACAAGGCGUUCAGCUCCGGUCUGGAGUACCGCUCGGACGACUGCACCGUGGCGCUCACCCUGGCGAAUCCGGACCCCGCGAGGCUGCACGGCACGGUGGUGCUGCACUACCUGCAGGCGAUCACGCCGAGGAUCACCCUCGGCACGGAGAUCGCGUGUCUACGCGGUUCCCUGAUACCCGGCGGCCAGCAGACGGUGAUGUGCGCCGCCUUCCGGCACAGCACCGGCCCCAGCACGCUCUCCGCCACGUUCGGCGAGGCCGGCAUCCACGUGUGCUACCAUCGGCAGGCGAGCGAGCAGCUGCAGCUCGGCGUCGAGAUCGAGACGAACACGCGGAUACAGGAGUCCGUCGGCACGAUCGUGUACCGCCUCGACAUCCCGUACGCGGACUUCGUCUGCCGGGGAUUCGUCAACUCGGAGACCAGCAUAGGCGCCGUGUUCGAGAAGAUGCUGCACCCGAUUCCCGGGGCCUCGUUAGUCAUAAGCGGCUUCCUGAAUCACAAGAAGCAGCAGUUCCGCGUCGGCGUCGGCCUGAACAUCGGCUAACGACGUUCCUUAACAUCGUGACCGGGACUUAAACACGACAACA